AUGAGCAAUGAAAAGUGGGAGGAACUAGAUUUGAGAGCUUCGAAUAAAAUCCACAUGUUUUUGGCUAAGAAUAUUCUUGCGAAUGUUCUUGGUACAUCGUCACUCAAAGAGCUUUGGGAGAAACUUGAAGGGCUAUAUCAAGAAAAAAUUCAGUUUGAGUUAGAUUCGUUCUUACUUCACCCUAGAUUUGCUUCAGUUUCAACUACACGUGGCGAUCUAGGUCAUCUUCAACAGCAAAGGCAUGGAAAUGAGGUUAUAUAUGAUAUUGGAAACGAUGUUGGGCUGUUUGUAGAUUAUUUUUAA